AUGACGGUCCAGGUCCUCGACGACUACUACCUCCUCAUCACCUUCCUCAUCACCCUCGGGUGGCAGGUGCUGGGUUUCGCCAUCGCCUACGGCCUCCAGACCGACACCAUCACCGACUUCUGGUCCGCCGUCAACGCCGUCAUCCUCGCCAUCUUCACCCUCACCGCCGGUGGCACCUACCAUGCGCGCAACGUCGUCGCCAGCGUCUUUGUCAUUGUCUGGGCGGCGCGCCUCGGCGGCUUCCAGCUGUUCCGCAUGAUCAAGAUGGGCGGCGAUGCGCGCUUCGACGAGAUGCGCUCCAAGCCCCUCAAGCUCGCCGGGUUCUGGACCUUCCAGCUCGUGUGGAUCUGGACCAUCACCAUGCCCGUCACGCUCCUCAACAGCCCCAACUCGUCGUCCCCCAUCAAGGGAGGCGGCAACGUCGGCUUCGGCAACGGCAAGGACGGCGUCGGCAUCGUCCUCUUCGCCCUCGGAUGGCUGUGCGAGGCGCUGGCCGACGUGCAAAAGUACCGCUUCAAGAGCGUCACGCGCCCGCCCCGCGGCGCCAUCACCGACGCCGGCCUGUGGAGGUACAGCCGCCGGCCCAACUACUUUGGCGAGAUCCUCGUCUGGUGGGGCGUCUACGUGCUCGCGCUCGGCAACACGGCCGCCGCCAACGACGGCGCACGCCGCGCGCUCUACGCCUCGGUCGUGUCGCCCCUCAUCACCAUGGCGCUCCUCCUGGGCCUCUCGGGCAUCCCGCUCGCAGAGAAGCCGUCGCAGCAAAAGUACUUCCUCAUGAGCCACGGCCCCGACGGCGGAAAGAGCCUCGAGCCGUUUGGACAGCAGAGGGAGAGCGACCCCUGGACCAGGAUGAAGGCCUACCGCGACAGGACCAGCCUCCUCGUCCCGCUCCCCAACGCCGUCUACCGCCGCAUCCCCAAGGCCAUCAAGUCGACGAUCCUCUGCGAUUUUCCCUUUUACAACUUCGACGAGGCCAAAGACGGUCCCGCCGCCAUCCGCGAGGCCGAAGACAAGAAGCGAAAGCAGAGCGACGACCGCGCCUAG